GACAAGAGAAAACUACUGAUGGAUCUUAUUUUUUCCCUUUUCGUUUCUAGUGAAAUGAAUCCUAUUGUCUAUGCUAUAACUCACUGCAUACCCCCUCCCCUGUCCCUGCUUGAAUAGCCUCAUCUGUUGGAGCAGUUUGAGCCAGCCCGUCACCACCCUCCACACACAGAGCCACUGCUUAUGACAAGAGUCCCCUGGCUCCACAUGACGUCACAAGCUUCCCUAGCAGGUCUGCGCGCAGCCAGAGAGCAGAGGUUAGCGGUGCAGCCAGGAGGGAGGCAGGAAUAAGAGCAGCAGAGAAGCACCUGCUGCAGGAGGAGAGUCCCCUUACACUCCGAGACUGAACCGGGCGAGUACAGACACGGAGCACAGCGCACAUGGAUAGAAGACACUCUUCAGAGAGACCUGCCGAGAAGCUCUUCUGAAAGACCGAAAAGGAAGACGAAGGAGAAAGAAGGGCAAAAUACCGGAUCUGUAUUUUUGUACAGUAAAGGAUUUGUGCAUGUCAAGGUACCAUGUUGAUGAAGCAGGGGAAGCAAUGGAAAUCAAUCUGCAAAGGGCUGAUCCUGGGCACCCUGCUAACCAGCUGUAUGAUCCUUCUCUACUCCUACGUGACACCUGCUGUUCGGUUAAACAUGCAAGAGGUUCCAGUCCCUUACUCCUGCGCCUACCGUCCGGCUCGCGCUCGCAGCCUUCCUGCCUCCAGUUCCUCCCAGGGUGGGGCCUGCACGCCGAAGGUAGACGUCAUGUUCAUGAAGACCCACAAGACGGCUAGCAGCACCAUCCUGAACAUUCUCUUCCGAUUCGGAGAGAAGCAUCGGCUCAAGUUUGCGUUCCCUGAGAGCCGAAACGACUUCUUCUACCCCUCGCUCUUCCAGCGCACCCAGGUCAAAGACUACCGGCCAGGGAUGUGCUACAACAUCAUCUGUAAUCACAUGCGAUUCAAUGAGCCAGAGAUCCACAAGCUUCUGCCGUCCGACACCGUCUACUUCUCAAUCCUCCGACACCCGGCCGACCUCUUCGAGUCUUCCUUCCACUACUUUGGAAGCGUGGUCCCCUUGACCUGGAAGAUCUCAGCCGAGGAUAAGAUCACGGAGUUCCUGCGUGACCCGUGGCAUUACUAUGACCCCGAGGGCUUCAACUCCUUCUACCUCAAGAACCUGCUCUUCUUUGAUUUCGGGUAUGACAACAACCUCAAUCCGGAUGACCCUCGGGUGGAGGAGAGCAUCCAGGCGAUGGAGAAGCGCUUCCCCCUGAUCAUGCUGCUGGAGCACAUCGACGAGUCCCUGAUCCUGCUCAAGGAGGCCCUCUGCUGGGAGAUGGAAGACGUGCUCUACUUCAAGCUCAACGCCCGUAAGGACCCAGUGGUGUCCAGGCUGACUCCUGAGCUACGUAGCCAGGCCACCGACUGGAACAUGAUCGACUGGAAGCUGUACUGCCAUUUCAAUGCCACCUUCUGGAGGAAAGUGGAAGCGUACGGGCGGGAGCGCAUGGCCCGGGAUGUCGAGGAGCUGCAGCGGAGGAACGCUGAGAUGGCAGCGGUCUGUAUCGAGGGGGGGCAGCCUGUGGAGGCAGGCAGGAUCCAGGAGUCGGCCAUGCAGCCCUGGCAGCCCAUUGGCGAGAAGUCCAUCCUGGGUUACAACCUCAAGAAGAACAUUGACAAGAAGCACAGAAAACUCUGCCGGAAAAUGCUGACCCCAGAGAUCCAGUAUCUCACAGAGCUGGGGGUCAAUCUGUGGAUAACCAAACUCUGGGCCCACAUAAGGGAGUUACUUAACUGGUAGCGCGGCCCAUACGAACAUUACCAAUCAGAAAAAUGCAUUUCAAUUCCUAUCACAUUAUUUAUUUGGAUGAACUUCUGCUGUGGAGGCAGUGAUAACAGUUUCAGAUUAUAUUGAUAUAAAUGAACUCAUCUGCUGCCAGUAGCCUUUGAACCAUGUGAGCCAUAAGGCACAUGCGAGUACAGUCCUCUCCUCUCUAGUCUGAAAGCUACUGGACAGUGGAAGAACAGCUUUAGGAGUGCCGCUAGUUAUGUAGAGGAGGAUUUUAAGGCAGUUAUCUUUGCCCAGUUGUGCUAGCUGGUGCAGAGAGUUGAGCAGGGUUGCCUGCUAUUUCAGCUGCAUACCGUGUGCCGCUUGGUGACCUAGGUGUAGACCCAGAUUGAACAAGGGUGCACGUACAGUAGUGCCUUAUGAGAAAGUCAAUUAGAAGAAUGUGCCCUGAAACUGGGUUAUUUAAUUUAUUUAGAUCAACAGUUAUAUUAACAAUUAAUUUUUGGCUUUCAAAAAAAAGUUUGGUGGAAAUAAGUAAUCAAAGUAAAUGUGGAGCAAUAUUUAUUUUAAUUAGAACAUCUUCAACGGUUCACGUCAUUUCAUGAAAAUAAAACCUGGCUUGUUUUUCAGUAAAAAAAAAACUAUUUAAACAAGUCUGAUUUUUAAUUGCUGUUUUUAGCAAUUAUAGAUAGUUUACUGUUGGGAAUUUGUAGAUUUAUGAGCACAUAGAUACUGGUAUUAAGAAUAUAGGAAGGAGGAUAAUGUGAGACAAAAGAUUUAAAAAAAUAAGUUGCAUUUAAUAAGUGGUUACUGCACUGUUUACUGAGUCUGUUGAUAUUUUCUACUUUAUUCAAAACUGUCUUUAAUCAUUAUUAAGGACAUAGACUUUGGAAAGCCAGGCUCUGAAAUAUGACUGAACUCCACCAUUGGAAUAUACUAAUCCCAGUAUGUUCUCACUGUAUCGUUUCUAUGUGAACAGCAGGGGUUUCUCUGGGCACCUCAAGGUUUUACAAAUAUUGUUGUUGUUUCAUUUUUAUAUAUAUAUAUAUAUAUAUAUAUAUAUAUAUAUAUAUAUAUAUAUAUAUAUAUAUAUAUAUAUAUAUAUAUAUAUAUAUAUAGUAAAUGUUACUGUACUUGUCAGCAGUGUUAUAAGUUACUAAGUAUAACUCAUUCUAAUGCUGUCAGAUUAUUUUCUUCAGCAUGCAGGCUAAACAGCUCCAAAUACAAAAUGUACAGUACCAGCACUUACCACACAACCUCAGAACAAGUGAGCCUCAGCUUAAUGCCUAUUUUCUGUAAUAACAUUUGCUCUAUAAAACCUAAAAAUGUAGCAUCUAAGAAACUUAUAAUUUUUGCUGUAAAGAACAAUUUUGCUUAUUUUCUGAUUUGCUAUGGAUAUUUUGUUUUUUAUUCAAUUAGAACAAUUGUCGACAAGUGGAUAGCUAAAAAUGUCAGGUUUGAUGGGAGUAGCAUCUCUCAGUCCACUGUAUAGCUUUACAGACAUGCAUCUCAUCUCAAGAGGGGUCCGCCUGUUCCUUCCAGGUGGAUCCGAGGCUCGUGGGGUCCAGAGACUCACCCCAAGGUCACAUUGUAACACAGGUGAUUUGAAUCCAGGUUCUCCUGUACCUGGCUCCCAGUCCACACACCAUACCAGUUGGUUACACUAUAUCUCUUGACUUUUCUGUCACUUUUCUUUAUUUCAGAAAUCAAUGCUAUGUCCAGUAUUAUGAAAGCUGUUCAUUUUCUGGUUUUCAUGUUCAAUAAAUGACUGAAGAAUCCAA